GUUUCUACUUCUUUUGUUUUAUGCGUAAAUAUUUUAAAGUAUUGAUGUUUGAAACUUUUGAAUACUGACAUCAUUGAUCUUUGUUUCUUUCUUCCGCCUGACUUCUUUGGGUUGACUCUGGCUACUAGUAUAGCCUCCUUUCUCACAGUAGUGUUUUACCCUGGUUGCUAGUUCAUUAUAAAGGGCAGUGGUGUCUAUAUAUUCUGAAUUUUCGGAUCGUAUUUCAGCUUCACACACAGAGAGAGAGAGAGAGAGAGAGAGAGAGAGAGGUGCUAGGGGGGAGCUUUGAGAUAUGGCAGGGGGAGCAUUUGAAGAUCCAGGCACACUUAAGAGGGCCCAUCUGUAUGAGUACAGGAUUACUGCAUAUUUCAUAUAUGCAUGCAUUGUUGCAGCUCUUGGAGGUUCUCUCUUUGGCUAUGAUCUUGGCGUUUCAGGUGGAGUGACUUCCAUGGAUGACUUCCUAAAGGAAUUCUUCCCAAAAGUGUACAGAAGAAAGCAGCAGCAUCUGAACGAAACCGAUUACUGUAAAUAUGACAGCCAGAUCCUCACACUGUUUACCUCCUCGCUAUAUUUUGCUGGCCUCAUCUCUACGUUUGGGGCAUCCUACGUAUCCAGAAAAUGGGGGAGAAGAGGCAGCAUCCUAGUUGGAGCAAUCAGCUUCUUUCUAGGAGCAGUACUCAAUGCAGCUGCCGUGAACAUUUCGAUGUUGAUCAUUGGGCGAAUCCUCCUUGGUGUUGGCAUUGGAUUUGGAAACCAAGCAGUUCCCUUGUAUCUUUCAGAGAUGGCUCCUGCAAAGAUCAGAGGAGCGAUUAACCAACUGUUCCAAUUGACUACCUGCUUAGGGAUUCUGAUAGCAAACUUCAUAAACUAUGGUACAGAAAAGAUCCAUCCAUGGGGGUGGAGAUUAUCUCUUGGUUUGGCUACGGUCCCAGCAACUUUAAUGUUUAUAGGGGGUCUUUUCCUUCCCGAGACUCCCAACAGUCUUGUAGAACAGGGCAAACUAGAAGAAGGAAGAAGGGUAUUGGAGAAAGUGAGAGGCACCACAAAAGUUGAUGCUGAGUUUGCCGAUCUUAUUGAUGCAAGCAAUGCAGCAAGAGCUGUAAAACAUCCAUUCAGGAAUCUGCUCGAAAAGAGGAACCGUCCCCAAUUGGUAAUAGGGGCUUUGGGUAUCCCAGCCUUUCAACAGCUCACUGGAAUGAACUCCAUACUCUUCUAUGCUCCUGUCAUAUUCCAAAGCUUGGGUUUUGGCUCAGGGGCAUCUCUGUAUUCAUCCAUUUUCACCAGUGGAGCGCUUGUUGUUGGUGCACUCAUGUCAAUGGCAUUUGUGGAUAAAUUUGGCAGAAGAGCUUUCUUUUUGGAAGCUGGCUGCGAAAUGAUAUUUUGCAUGGUGGCUGUGGCCAUAACUCUGGCCUUAAAGUUUGGUCAAGGAGAAACACUCCCAAAAGGAAUUGGAAUCUUUCUUGUCAUUGUGAUAUGCUUGUUUGUCUUGGCUUAUGGAAGAUCUUGGGGCCCUCUGGGUUGGCUAGUACCAAGUGAAAUCUUCCCAUUAGAGACAAGGUCGGCUGGUCAGAGUGUUGUGGUCUGUGUGAACCUCUUCUUCACGGCAUUGAUAGCACAGUGUUUCCUUGCGUCACUGUGUCAUCUGAGAUAUGGGAUUUUCUUGCUGUUCGGAGGAUUAAUCAUCAUCAUGAGCAGCUUCAUUUUCUUCCUCUUGCCAGAAACAAAGCAAGUUCCAAUUGAGGAAGUCUAUCUUCUCUGGAAAACUCACUGGUUCUGGAAGAACAUAGUAGGAGAAAGGGACCAAACUGGUGACCUGGAUAGGACAUAAACGUUGCAAGUUUAGAAUCAAUCCCUAACAGAAGAAUCUAUGGAUUUAAUUAUUGCAAAUUGUUUUGUGCUUGUAUAUUGUACUGGAUUAGUGAAGUUUCAAUCAGCAAAUAGCAAAAGCAUUUGCAC